AACACACAAGGCGUAGAGGGAGAGAAAGGAGACUACGAGGGCAGCCGGAGUGGACGAGGAUAAACCGUUUCGAUAGAUCGAGGUACUCGUGAACAAGAUCGAAAACUCUGGUUGCUUCUAAAUCGUAUUGUUGAAGUCCUUAAAGGUUUUGGAGUAUGAACCAAUUUAAGUACGAGAGAUUAGAAAAUGACUUAGAACAUUGGUUCCCAACGGAGAUAAGAUACUUGAAAUGGGAUAGAUUUCCCAUGGAAUUUCUGCCCUUGAGUUCCCAACAUAAUAAUCUUAUUGGCCUCCACAUGUGCCAUAGCAAUUUGAAACAAUUUUGGCUCGGAAACAAGCAUCUGAAGAACUUGAAGUAUAUCAAUCUAAACCACUCUAAGAACUUGACAAACACUCCAAAUUUCGAAGAAAUUCCAAAUCUCGAGAGAUUAGAGCUCGAAGGCUGCACCAGUUUGAUCAUCAUUCAUCCAUCCAUUUUCGCUGCAAAAAACCUUAUUUUUCUGAAUCUGAAAGAUUGCAUCAAUCUCACCAAUCUUCCAACCCAAAUUAACAUCAAAUCCCUUCAAGUACUGAUUCUUUCAGGCUGUUCAAAGCUCAAGAACAUCCCACAAUUUUCCGGCAACACAAAUGCAUUAGUCCAACUCUGUUUCGACCACACCUCCAUAACAGAGCAUGAACAGAGCACAUGUGAUAUCAUGACACGCCUGUUCCUUUGUGUUUGCAGAGCUUCAAUGGCCGAUGAUUCUCCAAUUGGGGUCCCGUUAUUUGCCACUCUGUUCUCUCUGACCAAACUGAAUCUCAGCUACUGCAACCUCAAAUCCAUUCCAGAAGGGAUUGAGUGUUUGGUUUCAUUAACAGAGCUGAAUUUGAGUGGCAAUAAAUUCAGUCAGCUUCCGACAACAAUCUCUCAGCUGCAAAACCUGAAAAGAUUGAAUUUGAAUCGAUGCAAGAAGCUUUUGUGCAUCCCCGAGCUGCCACCGAGAAUUUUAAGGAUCUUGUCGAAGGAUUGCGGCUCGCUUGUAUCCAUUCCAGAGAUGUUAAAAACAGAGCAAUUGUAUUUCAUGACAGAGUUGAAUCUUAUGAACUGCUAUCAAUUGGGUGGCAAUAAAAAGCUUCAGAGAUUGAUCGUUUCUUGGAUGCAGAGCAUGUUGCUUCGAAAUGGUGCAUUCAAUGUCAUGAUUCCUGGGAGUGAGAUUCCUGAUUGGUUCACCACAAAAAUGGGGUCUUCGAUUACUGUCGAAUGGGAUCCGACCGCGCCAAAUUCUAAUUUGAUUCGCUUUGCUCUAUGUGUCGUGUGUGGCGGCGGCGACGGCGACGGCGGGGGUGAUGUUUCCGGCUCCAUUAUUGCUUCUGUCGCCGGAAGGAGCCCAGAUGAGGGGAAUUUGAAGAAGGGAGAUGUUAUUGUUAAUGGGUUGACGAUUUCUGGGAUGAGGAAAAUGGAUCAUAUUUGGUUGUUUGUUUUGGCUCGAACCCAGUUGCUGAGGAGGAAGAUGAAGGGAUUUAGAGAGAUUGAAUUUCGGUUCUUGUUACAAGUUAACUAUGGUGGAUCUGUUUCGAAGAAUAUUGAAUUGAAAAGGUGUGGAGUUGGGUUCAUAAAUAUGGAGGAAGAGGAGGAAGCCAUGAAGCGUUAUGCCGCUUGUAUUAUCUUGAAGAACAAGAUGAGGAUGUGAAGAACCCAUAAUUUUGUAUGUUUUUUUUUUUUUUUUCUCUCUCUCUUAAUUAAACUCUAUUUCAAGGACUUGUACAAAUUCAUGGUAUGAAACAUACUCGUUCACUUGUCUCCACAUGAACGAUCUGAAUCAAAUCAGUAUCUAACCGGAUAUAAUGUAAUACAUAUCAUUUUUUACAUUUCUUGAA